AUGUCAACCGAAAAGAAAGGUCGUGGUCGCCAAAAGAUCGAGAUAAAAAAGAUGAGCAAUGAGAGCAACCUGCAAGUGACUUUCUCCAAGCGCCGUAGUGGUCUCUUCAAAAAAGCUAGUGAGCUUUGUACUCUUUGUGGUGCAGAAGUUGUUCUUAUUGUUUUCUCACCUGGUGAGAAGGUAUUUUCGUUUGGUCACCCUAAUGUUGAUACGGUCAUUAACCGUUAUCUCUCGCGGGUCCCACUCCAACACAAUGGAACUAUGCAAUUCAUUGAGGCUCAUCGCAAUGCUAACGUGCGUGAGCUCAAUGAAGCCCUCACUCAAGCCAAUAACCAACUCGACACUGAGAAAAAGCAUGGCGACGAGCUAAGCCAUUUGCGUAAGACGACCGAGGCUCAAUUUUGGUGGGCUUGUCCUAUUGAUGUGAUGAGUAAGGCUCAACUUGAAGUUUUCAAGAAAGCUUUGGAGGAGCUGAAGAAACUUGUUGCUCAACAUGCAGAUAUGAUUGUGAUUCAAGGUGCACCUACCCAAACCCUUCCAAUUUUUGUUGGAAAUGCUUCUACCUCUAAUAACGCUAUCCAUCCUCAUCAACGACAAGUUCAAAUGUAUCCAUCUCAAUAUUUUCAAAACCCUAUGAUGCAACCCCAUUGGUUUGGCUUCAACAAUACGGGAGGAGGAUAUGGGCCCACCGAAUUCUUUUGA